AUAUUCGAUUUCGGCAGUGACAUACUCUUGUUUAACCGCUUAACCAACAUAAAUCGAGCACACACUUAUUGUACUAUAAACGAGAAAAAUGUCUAAUUCGACUAGACACUCGAGUUGUGUACUAUUAUUCAUUUAAUUGUUUUGCUCUCCAGGACCUUCACGCCCCCAGCCGUCGAAGUGGGAAGCUGGUGGGAAGGGGGAAUCCAUACUGUUGUGGUUCCACAGUGCCACCAACAAAAUGUCCACAUUUCACUUAUAAUUCGGUCUCAUUCGAAUGUGUUAGGUAACCUUUUCCACACGCUAUUAUGUCGGGGGCGGCCGGUGGAGGCUCCUCUUUUUCGGGCGCAGCAGCAGCAGCAGCGGGAGCUAGCUGCAGCUCCGCCGGCGGCCCUCUCUACGCUGCGGCGUCCGGGGCGGGAGCAGGGGUGGCGGGGAGGCUACCCGCUCGGGUGCUGGAGCACAUCUUUUCCUAUUUGGAGCUCGCCGAUUUGACGCGGUGCGCGUUGGUGUGCUGGCACUGGAGCAACAUUCUGGCGGAUGAAAACAGCGAGGUGUGGCGCAGCCUGUGCGCCCGAUCGCUGAGCGACGAGGCUCUGCGGUCUGACAUCCUGUGCAACCUCCCUACAUACAAGGGCAAGCUCAAAUCUUACCAACAUGCACUGAGCUCCCAUGACUGCUCCCGCAAUGUGUACGUGAAGAAGAACGGGUUCACCCUGCACCGCAACCCCAUUGCCCAAAGCACAGACGGCGCCCGGGGCAAGAUCGGCUUUUCAGAGGGGCGCCACGCCUGGGAGAUUUGGUGGGAAGGCCCCCUGGGGACAGUGGCGGUGAUCGGCAUCGCCACCAAGCGGGCGUCCAUGCAGUGUCAAGGCUACGUGGCCCUGCUGGGCAGCGAUGACCAGAGCUGGGGUUGGAACCUGGUGGACAACAACUUGCUGCACAACGGCGAGGUGAACGGGAACUUCCCGCAGUGCAACAAUGCACCCAAAUAUCAGAUCGGAGAGCGGAUACGAGUGAUUCUCGACAUGGACGACAAGACGUUAGCGUUUGAGAGGGGUUUCGAGUUCCUUGGCGUCGCCUUUAGGGGAUUGCCCAAAGCCUGCCUGUUCCCCGCCGUCUCGGCGGUGUACGGCAACACGGAGGUCACCAUGGUGUACUUGGGGAAACCACUGGACGGUUGAAGAUUGUGGACCGCGAGCAGCGCUUGCAGUUUUUGUACCGUGAAGUCGGACUGCGUUUUAACUUCUGUGUCAAAAGACACAGCGACACUUUUGCAGUUGACACCAUUUUUAAAUGACGGGGCUCCAAACAUCUAAAAGUCCGAAUUCUGCUUGAAAGCCAAACUAAAUUGUCUAAACUGUGGCAACCGUGUAUGAAUUCACCAAACACCCAGGACUAUGAUUUAUGAUGUAUGAUGCUGUCACCCGACUCAUGAACUAAGCAGAGAAGUGCUGUUAAAAUCUGCCAUCAAUGCAUCCAAUAAUAUAAUGGUGGAAAGGUAUAUGUGUAACGUGUGUCCCUUUUAAUGUGCUACUGUACUAUUUCACUAUACUAUUUAUUUGUGGGUUUUAUCCAUGGUACUACAGCUGCUGUACGGUUUAUAGCUGGGAAAUAAAGAUAUUACAUGGUGUCACUCAUGAUGUCACGUGAUGCUAAAGCAUCGAUUUGCACACUGUCCACAAGAGGUCAGUGCAGUAAUGCUCUGCAGAUACCAUACACGUCUGCUCUUCCAUACUCAUACUGCCAUUACAAAGAUAAUGAUGCUCAGUUUUGAUGCUGUCCAUGUAGUAUUCCUGUGUUUAUUACUAUGCUUGUAGUACACUUUACGCUUUGUAUUUUGUGGCUUCACUCCUGUCACUGUUUUUUUUGCUAGCUAUCCCAGUGGCUGAAUAACACAGCGACGGGAUGGCUUUUGAUUGUCUGCCUUUUAUUUGCAAAAGACAACACAACAUGAACAAUUGUCAACGCUUCCUAGUGUUGACAACAACUCUGAACAGCAGCCCACGACACACCUGUCGCUCAUACAAUUAUUAGUCAAAAAAGGAUAAAUAAAAUAAUAAAUCACA